AUGAUGGACACAUUACUUUUAUUUGUGAUAAACUCUACUCAAUGCCAAUCGUUUCGCUGGUAUAGCGAUGAUCCAGAUAUCGAUAGAAAUGCGACUCAAAUUAUAAGCAGUCGUGGAUUUAUACCCGAAGCACAUACUGUCAUCACAAAUGACGGAUAUAUACUACAAGUGUUUCGUAUUGUUAAUCCGUAUGCAAGGAAUAGUAGUUUAAGACCAGUGUAUAUACAGCACGGAUUGUUUGGCAGUUCUGAUGAUUUCCUGUUGAACGUACCGGGAGUUUUAGGUAAUGAUGGUGUUUAUGUGGAAAAUAAUGGUAUGGCCACCAAUUGUAGUGGCCAGGAUCCCGAUGCGGUCGGUUCAACUGUGAGCUUUGUGUUGGCCGCUUGCGGUUACGAUGUAUGGCUGGGCAACAAUCGCGGGAAUAGGUAUUCAAGUCGACACAUCCUACUUGAUCCAGACACAGACAACAGGUAUUGGGCCUAUACUGUCGAUCAUCUGAGCGCUUAUGAUGUGACGGCAGUUAUCGCAUAUAUCACGAGAGUCACGAAUACAGAGUCAAUUGGAUAUAUUGGACAUUCUUUGGGCACAUCUAUGAUGUUUCAAUUGCUUUCUACACAACCAGAGUAUACAUCGAUUAUCAGACCAUAUAUAGCGUUAGCACCGGUAGCCUAUGUCGGCGCCAUAGAGUCAUUGAUAUUAAGAAUCGGAGCAUUAUUUGAGAGAUUUAUAGGAUCGACUUCGUUACCAUUUUUUGUGGUUCCUUCGGCACGAUUGGCCCGAAUCGACAGAUAUUUUGGUCACUUUUUCUGUGGGAACUCCUUUUUAGAUGAUUUCUGUGAAUUAUUUAUAUUUUUGUUGUGUGGGUUUGACUUUCCCAAUACUAAUACUACCAGAAUACCGGCUAUAGUCGGGCACUUUCCGGACGGUACGUCCACUUUAAUUCUUGCCCAUUUAGCACAACGGGUCAACAAUAAAAACUUUGCCUAUUAUGACUACGGUAUCAGCGAAAACCAGAAACUUUAUAGACAGCCGACACCACCGGUGUAUAACUUAUCUCAGAUCACAUCACGAAAUAUGAUACUUAUUACCGGUGUUAACGACUAUUUGGCGGAUCCAACGGAUGUCGAUCUAUUGAGAGGUCAACUAACAGUACCACUCUAUGAUGAUUAUGUAAUACCGUACAGUCUAUGGAAUCACGCCGACUAUCUGAUCGGUAUGAAUGCCGGCAAAUAUAUGAAUUCACGUAUCCUUACUUUGUUAGCCAACUUUCAGUCAAAUUAG